AGCCUUUCACAGGCUUGCAGCGAAGCACUGUACUCAGUGAUGAGCAGCAGAGGACGGCCACUCCGUAAAACCGAAGACAUCCAAGCGCAAACAUGUGGGAAGAGCUGGAAAAUACGACUGGUCUCCGGCGCGACGGAAACGCCUCUCGAAAGUUUGUUUCUGAGCAGCCGUGGGUCUCUGUCUCCGACAUGCUGAGCAAUGGCUCUGCCCACCCGCAGGCCCCUGGCACCGAUGCGCCGUCGGACAGCGAGAGCGGAAUCGUUCCCGGUGUUAUUGCAGCCGCAGUGUUUAUCAGCUUCUUGUUGGCCCUGUAUGCCGUUCUGUGGAAGUGCAUGGUGACUGCGCCCAAGAGGCAGGAGAAGAAGAAGAGACAGAGAGCCCGUGAACUGAGGGUUCACAUGUACUGACGUUCAGGACCACGCCGGAGGGGCCCGGUUUGGGGAGCGGGGAUGGCGUCGCCGUGAGAGCCUGGCUAGAAGUGCACUGCGGUGCUGGAGGUCCCCAGGGUUCUGGACGGAGGCCCGGGGCGGGACGAGCAGGGCCUGAAGCCCGUUUGGAGCCGCUCGAUGCUCCUGCCGGUCGUCAUGGCCUGCCCUCUGGGACCAGUGUCCAGUGAGGAGGGCAUCCUGUCCCAUUCCUCACCAACUGCUGGAGCUUGUGCAAGAGUAUUUUAGCAAUAUGCUUAAAGCUAUUUUAGCCAUUUUCUGGAAAUGUAUCUAAGUCUAAUAUCAUAUAUGGAAGGUUUGCACAUGCCACGCGCAUGCAGUCGUGGGCAUUUAUAUUUGUAAAUAUUUAAAUGUUCUAUCUGAGUCUAAUAUGAUAUACGGAACGUUUGGACAUGCCAUGGCAUUGCAAUGGGUAAAUGCUGGAACUUCCGUCUGUGAUGUCUCAGGGUUCCCGAAGAACUCCUGACUUCUUUUAUUUAAUUAAUAGGAUGGAAAUUGUGGAACGAAGAUUUGCAAUGGGUGUGCAUUUAUUGAAAUAUUUUGACAGUGGCUCAGGGAUUUCUGAAGAUAUUUUUAAGAUGCUAAGAGUGUGUAUGUCUGUUCUUGGAUGAAAGAGUUGCCAACUUUUCCAUCGAGGUUUUCCCACCGGGAAGAUAUGAGCAAUACUAAUUAGGGUGUUUAGUUCACAGGUGGCUGGGAUAGGAAUAUCCAGAGAAUGUUGUGUGAAUUUUCUGGAGUAUUCAUGUUCAAAGUGAUGUGCAUGCUAUUUCAGAACCAACAUGUAAAUGAAACUGCCAAAGUGUAAUCCAGGUGUAAACUUUUAAGUGCAGUCAGACUGCAUAUUUGGCUAUGUGACAUGCCCGGUGCCAAAUACUUUUGAAAGUGGUCUGACUAUAAAGUGUGGUGUUAGUGUGGUUUCCUACCAUUUUAUAAAGAACUGUACUAAAUGUCUUCUCAGCUCUGGAGCUGGAAGUCAUAAAGGUUGUUCAUAAGCACUGAAAAAAUAAAUAGAAGUUUAUUCUUGUUCCAGCAAA